AUGGCACCUGCAAUUUCUCUUCCAGUGCCCUCUGUCCAGGAGAUGGCAAAAGAGGCUUUCACCAAAGUUCCAGAGCGUUAUGUUUGUCCGCAUGACGAGCGUCCAAUGUUGUCCACCAUUACUCCUACACUUCAAGUUCCUGUAAUUGACUUUGCCAAUUUUUUGUCUCAAGAUCUCAAAGAAUCUGAGAUGAAGAAGCUAGAUUAUGCUUGCAAAGAAUGGGGCUUCUUUCAGUUGAUCAAUCAUGGAGUGAGCAAGUCAUUGGUGGAAAAUGUGAAGUUAGGCACUGAGAAAUUCUUCAAACUUCCAAUGGCAGAGAAGAAGAAGUUUGGGCAGAAGGAAGGAGAUGUGGAGGGGUAUGGCCAGGCCUUUGUUGUCUCUGAUGAACAGAAGUUGGAGUGGGCAGACAUGUUUCUCAUGCACACUUUGCCAUCAAACAGAAGGAAUCCCCACUUAUUCCCCAACAUUCCCUUACCAUUCAGGGAGGAUUUAGAGACAUACUCUGCAGAAUUGAAAAACCUGGCGAUCCAGAUACUCGACCUUAUGGCCAAUGCUCUAACAGUAGGCACCACAGAAAUUAGAGAGCUAUUUGGUGAAGGAGAUCAAACAGUGAGGAUGAAUUAUUAUCCGCCAUGUCCACAACCAGAGCUUGUGAUGGGACUCAACCCUCAUUCUGACAGUGGGGGCCUCACCAUCCUUCUCCAAGCCAAUGAUGUUGAAGGACUUCAAAUAAAACAAGACAAACUAUGGAUUCCAGUUAAACCUCUCCCUAAUGCUUUCAUAAUCAACAUCGGAGACAUGUUGGAGAUGAUGACAAAUGGAAUUUAUCGGAGCAUUGAACAUCGAGCAGUUGUAAACACAGACAAGGAGAGGCUUUCUAUUGCCACAUUCUACGCCCCCGGUAUAGAGGGAAAUAUAGGUCCUUUACCAAGCCUUAUUAAUCCAAAUAAUCCAGCAGUUUUCAAAAGUACUAAUGUAUUGGAUUACCACAAAGGAUACCUUGCACGUGAACUCCGAGGAAAAUCUUACCUCGAUAGCAUGAGGAUCCAAAAUAAAAAGGAGAAAAGUUCUUAG